AUGGCUACCCACGUUGUGACUGCGACUACUACUGCCCCUGCUUUCACUGGCAAGCAAAUCUCCGUCUACGGCCAUCCCUCUCCUGUCAACUCGGCCGAGACCUCUCCCGCAGAUAACUCUCCUACCUCUCCUCGCUAUCAGCACUUGCCGCUUCAGUCGAAGCAACUUCGUCCCCUCAAGGGCCCUCUCUACGUUCCUGCUGCCUUGCGCCCGACUGAGCGUCCCCAGAAGGCCUCUUCUCCCCCGACUCCUCCCCGCAGCGUUCACGGUUCUCACGGUUCUCUCGACAGCCUGAACGAGGGCGAAGUUGGUGCACCUGUUACUCGUCGUUCGACCAUGGAGAGCUACAACAGCGGUCCUGCUGUCAGCAAGCUGGCAGAGGAUGAAUGGAUGAAGAAUGAGCACCUGGGUGAGGUCACUGGUCUUCCCACUCGUGAUCAUUGGAAAGCGGACUCUGCUUCCCCCAACUGCGACUCUCCCACCUGCCGCUCCUCUUUCGGUCUCUUCCUUCGCCGCCACCACUGUCGCCAUUGCGGCCAUGUCUUCUGCUCUUCCCACACUCCUCAUGUCGUCCCGCUUGAUCAGAAUGCUCGCUUCCACCCCGAUGGAGUUCCUUCCCGCGCAUGCGACCUCUGCUGGAGCGCCUACCAGCGCUGGGAGGAAUCUCGCACGGAGCGCCUGAGCAAGAUCCAGAGCCUGCUCGAUGCUCAAAGCAGAGCCUCCGACAGUGACAAUGAAGAAUACAAUACCGCCUCCGACCGCUCGGAUAUCUCGCCGGACGAGAAUGCGAAGCCCGCCCUGACCGGAGUGUUGGCCCAGAGCACCGAGAUCGCUGCCAGCGUCCCUCGUGGCUGGAACUGGAGCACUUUUUAA